AUGUCUAAGUGUUAUUUACCCACAAGAUUUGUUGAUCCUGCCAACAAGAGCUUGAAAUUUAAAUUUAAAGUUGUCAGUUGUACAGUUCGUCGAAGAAGGCCCCGAAUAGUUGACAAAUCGCCGGCGAUCAGAAAAGUUGAAUUAACAAAGCAAAUGGAAACUAUCCUCCAGAGAAUCUCGACUCAUGAGAUGGCAGGAUGCUCAGACAAGAAGCCGAUAGUUCGUUUAGUUAAGCAGCAAAGUCCUGAGAGACGAUGUUCCAAUCGAACUACUGACAAGAUAAAAGCCGACACUAAACCAAAGAGAAUCACUGCUUUGAGUGGGAGACCCUCGCACCAUCGCAGGUUAGAAGUGAAGCAAGAGGACUGUACACGUGGACGAAAUCUAAACCCUGGAAAAACUCUACCGGCUCCUGCAGUUCGUAAACCAAGGAAUGCGGUUAGAGAGAGACGCGUUGGUCAGUGCUCCGCAAAGAGGUAAAGCUCAGCCAUUGAACAAAGACCCAUCGGGUUGUUGUUAUUAUUAUUAUUAUUAUUAUUACUUUAUUAGCAUUAUUAUUUUGUUUCGUCCUGACCUAUUAACGUUCUGAUUUGUUAAAACUUGAAGAACUUUGCUGGUUCACUAAAUAAAAUAUUCGUAAUUGGCCCUUUUUUGCUACCGAGGAGAGAGAGAGGGAGAGAGAUUCCUUUUUACGGAUACUUUCCGUAGUAACUAUAACUUUUUUCCAGGCAGAUUUUCAUCUUCUAUCCAGGUCAAAGCUGUUUUUAUUCCUUGAAUUAAGGGGUAGGGAGAGAUCCGCCCUCGUAAUUACUUUCCUCCCGAUUUUGGUCUAAAAAUAACCGCCGUAGGGGGCAAGGCGGGGAAUCCCCCGGGCCAUUCUCUAUAUCGGGCAAUGAACUCGUGUAUCAAGUGGUAAGUUUGUUAGUUGACCGCUUAUAUUACUUGGAAAAUUUCUGCACGAUUUAAAUUUUGUACGAAAAUAGGGUCAGAAAGUAAAACUGACGGUCUGUUAGUAUGGUACCCAUACUUCUGCAUUUUUCGUACACAGAAACCGGACUCCAGAAUUACCUCAGACCUGUCCAAAGCAAAAAAGUCCCGAAAGACCACGUCGUCCUCCAAUUUUUUACCAAAAACCUGCAGUGAUAAAAGAUACAGGAGCAGCAGCUGCUUCGAGCACACAACCUCCAGGUUGGCCGAGGUUUCAAGUCCCGAAAGAAUAUAUUCAUGCAAGAGAGGGUGUUGGAAAUCGAAUCCCUGAGAAAGAGGCGGAACCGGUUUCACCUCCAGCUUCUAAACCACGCCAUCAGGCUACGAAGAGACAUGUUCCCCAGUAUUCCCCUAAGAGGUAAGGAUAUGAAAUCAGUCCGGUUGGCUUUCUAAAAGGGUAAACUGAGAACAGGCUCCUUGGUGGAGAAAAAAGGCGAAAAUUAUUUGAAACUGGGUGCAAAUCGAGAACUUGUGUGAAUGAAACGCUAUAGAAAUUGCAAUGGAACACCCUUGAAGAAAGACAAAAGAAGAAUAGACCAACCAUGUUCUAUAAAAUCUAAAAUGACCAAACUGGGAUAGGCAUUGGGAAAUAUCUGAAGCCAUUGGGUCGAGUUAGCCGUUAUGUUAAUAACCAAACUUACGAGGAUACUCCUAUUUUUAUAGAACAAUAAGAGAGCGAAACAAUUUAGCUCUUCUUUGAUAGCAUUUACAAACUGCCUUUCAUUUGAUUUAUAAUGUUGUUUAAAUAUUUAUUUUUUAUUUAUUUAUUGAGCGCUGGCCAAUUUGCAAGAAUCGUCAAUUUGAUGGAGGCAAUUUUGGCAGAUAGAUAGACUGGGGAGGGGGAAAGGGCGGCGGCCGGUCCUCUCCUUCCUCAAUCCCUGCUCGGUUCGCCUUUUUAUUCCCCGUUAUUCGUCCUUUUACCCCAGAAAAGAGCCAGGUCCUAGGCUACUAAAAAACAGAGAGAUUCUUGAAUAAUAUUUUUACCCUACAAUACAUUUUCCAUCUCCCUCCGUAAAUAAUGACCCGUCUUGCUAAUACUGAGUAAGCAGAAAUGGUUAUGGUCCGACUGGUAAGUUUACCACGACGUUCCCUUCACAGUUUCGCAGCCAUUAGUUAUGUAAAGACUUUUUAGAAUAACGGGCAGUUUCUUUCUUGUAUUUUGUGUUUUUAGGCCUUUGGAUCUGACCAACCUACACACAAUGCAAGUCCCUAACGAAUCUGCAUUUUCAAAAUUUUUUAACGAGAAGGUCUCUUUAUCUCAAGCUGAUAUAGAGCGGAAUUCGAAAAUUGUAAACAGAUUCAUUCCGGAGAUCUUAGAUGCGGUACGCGAGACAGACGCCCGCAAGAGACACCCUGAAAGAGAAAUUUUUGCUUUAGAUGUACUACGCACAGGUAACACGUAAUCAUAACUCGUUCUUAAAAAUCUUACCCGGCGAUGGGGUAGUUGCAUAUAUUAUGUUCUAUUUGCCGCAAAUCCAUUUUUAGCCAGGGCGAUUGCUGUGAAUACGCUCCCCUCACGUUUCUCAUACUUUUGUUAGACUGAAAACCAAAACACAUUUGUGUUUUCUACCCCAGGUAGCUAUUACGAGGGACUGAAAGUUUGCCGUCCGGAUGAAUUUGACGUUAUGGUUGUGUUGCAUGCUCCUCGUAUCGAACGGUUUUUUGACGUGAAGUGCCCAUCAAGACCACGUGACACAUUAGGUUACGCAAGUGUUGAAUUGAAGACAUGGGUGGAAGGAGGACGAAGGAUGUGGGGAGAAUUUCUUACGAGCGAUGGAAAAUAUCUAUCGCCUAGGAAAGUUAUAAGGCGUUUCUUUUCUUUAGUACGAGAAAGCGUGGCAGCGAUGGAUAAAAAGCAAAAACAACGUAUCUCCAAUCUGAAAGAGCCCAAGGGUCCAGCCGUAACGUUUACUAUAGACGGCAAAAUUGAUGUGGAUCUUGUGUUGAGCUUGGAGAUCUCAGGCUGGCCGAGUUGUGCAGAACGCUGGGGAGUCUUUGCUACAAACAGGACUUGGCCAACAGAGGAAGAAGUGGAGAAAAUUAAGCUGAAAGAUCGCAGGUUUCAUCUAGUUGCAAAACCGUGUGCUGCAGAGGAGAGCAAACCCACAAACUCUCAAAAGUUCUGGCGGAUUUCUUUUUCGGAAGCAGAGAAGACACUCUUGAGCAAGGCUAGCGACGAAAAAAAAUACUUUAGAAUUGCAAAGGCGAUUUUUGAAGGCAAGAAAGACCAUUUAAAACCUCUUACGUCGUUUUAUUUGAAAACAUUAUUCCUUGACUUGCGUUCUGAGAAUCCACGAGCCAUUAAUAAGGAGAACCUCCUGGGAAUUAAUGUAGUCAAGUUUUUUUCAAGUUUGAUUGCUCGUUUGAGACGAGGACAACUUCCGCAUUAUUUUGUUCGUGACGAAGACCUGCUUUCCAGCCGGAUUAAGAAUCAUGAAAAGCGAUUAGAUCUGGCGUCAAAAUUGGAGGUCAUUGUUAAGGAACUCAUCCGCGACCCGCGAAAAAUUCUGGGGGAACUUAAACUGUAAAAUAGAACAUUAAAGGAAAUUUUACAGAAAACGCAAGUAAAAACGUUAAGUAACAAAGUUGACUAAUUGCCCUUGAAAGUUUAUGGUUGUUGUUGUUGUUUUGUUUUUUCACGAGAUCUAAUAGCCUCAUUACAAGGGCAAUGUACUUCUUGCGGUUUAAUUUUAGAUCUGGUUCAAAUGAUUUCUUAAACCAGUUAAUUCUUUUUGAACAGGUUAUUUGUUAACUACACUUAGACAGGGUCGACCAGUCGGGGGGGGGGGUAGUGGUAUACCAGUAUACCCGAAAAAAAUUCGCCAAAAUACCCAAAAAUACCCAAAAUUCAUCCAAAUAUACCCAAAAUUAUACCCAGGUAUACUUUAUACCUGAAAUUUAAAGAGAGUGAUAUACCGAAUACCCGUAUUUAAGCUGCAAUAUACCGUAUACCCGAUUUAAAAAGCCCCUAUAUACCGUAUACCCAAAAACCCUGGCCGACCCUGCUUAGUGAAAUAGAGUUAUAUUACACAGCCCUCUCUCAUGUGAAAGUUGAUCAGUUGGAUAAAAAAAAGAACCGGAAAGGAAAGUUAUAAGUUUCUCCAGCACUGAAUUUUUUAAAGUAGAUUUUGUCACUUGGAAAGGUGUUUGAAGAGGGUCAGGAGAAAACAUGGACACCAUUUAUAUGAACCAGAACUAAAUUUUGAACUGCAGCAUACUGAAAAGUGAACACACAUACUUCUAAUAUCGACUACUACAACCCACAGGAAAUAAGUUUUUAAGACUUCACAGGAUAAAAAAGUUUUUUUCCCAUCUAAAAAGAACUCUUGAUUGCACGAUGUUCUUAAAAAUAGUACCAGUUACAAUGCCACUGUAAAAUUCAUGAAAGAAAAAAACACACACACACUUAGAGAAUAUUGCUAAAUAAAGAGUUGUUUUUCCUAGCUGGUCUCUCUAGAUUGGUCAAAGAAAAUCCCUUCUCUAAGGUGUUUUAAAAGAGAAUAUGUUGAUGACCUAAUAAUAAGUUAAUAAAUAAAUGUAGUUUUAAAAGGAAAAUAAAUGUGUAAAACAAGUGACGAGGAGUGCCAAAUCUACAUUUCAAGGUAAAUUGUAAAAUAAUUUAAUUGAGAGCAUAACCACUCGAAAAAAUCAGAAAACUGUGGCUUUCUGUUACUUCUUACAUGUAGUUAUCCUUAACUGAAAUAGGCUGAGAACAGCCUCCUCCCCUCCCCUUCCAGCUGGCCUACGAAUACCUUCUCCUUUUCUCCAACGAAAUGCAUGGUCAGCGUGCAAGCACAUGGUACAUUCGAAUUCGCGAUCUUUGAUUCAGGAAGGUAUCCUGUGUACGGCUUCCCCCUCCCCACACAAAAAAAUCUCUCUUCCUUAUUUUGUUUGAGGGGAGGGGAGGAUGGAGGCUAAACAUGUAAGAAAAAAUGGUUUUGCUUUGGGGAGGAGCAAUACAUGAUAACGAGUGAACGUAAUGCACCUAUCAAUGGUUUGCCCCAGGACGGGGGGGCCGGGCAACCCACGGGAAUUAGACUUCGUAAAGCGCACGUGGGUGGGGAUUUUGACAUCCACAAAGGUCCCCAGGGUGGGAAAUUUGACUCAGCCGCCAUCUUGAAAAGCGGAGAGAACCUGGGAAUGAGUGACUGGUCCGCCAUCUUGGAAAAUACCCAGAAGUCAUUUGUGCGAGUUUCCCGCGUCCAAGGAUGGCUGAAAGAAAGGUAAGGAGUGUCGUGUUGCUUUUUUUAAAGCAAAAACGUUGUUUUUUAUGCCCAUCAGUGCUCUGUCGUUAACGUUCUAAUAACAUAAGGUAUUUUUCGUUCAGUUUUGAGAAGAAAUAUUCGCACAAGAGCUCAUUUAGAUCAAAAUUUACUUCCUACUUACCUGUCUUCAAAGUAUGCCACCCUGCCUCAAGUUUUCGAUACUCUGUGUUUAUAGAUUUGCUAGUAUACUUCAAAUGUUAAAAUUAAAUGAAAUUCUGGUCAAUUUUGGACCCGAGUUACAAACAUCAGUUCGAUGAAAGCGGAAUACGACCUAUUCCAGUCGUGGCAUAGAAGAUGAAUCCAGAAACCUGUGCCAAAUCUCACCAAAUAAUGACAGUAGUGCUUUAUUAAAUAAUCUUAUUUUUUGAUACUUUCUAUGUCAAUUUUUAAUAAUUCUACCCUAAAAAAUUUUUGUCUACAAGAAAUACAAUUUGGAGUGUUUUGAGAGGAUCUUGUGUAAUCGUUGUUUGUUCAAAUCAGUGUUGUGCAGCUUUUGAUAUAGUGCUACUUUGUUCAGAAGAGGGCAACUGUAUGGUUAAACUAAUAAAGGAUGCAUUUGGAAUUGAAGGCGAAAUAUUGUUACAGAAAUUUGACAAAGAGUGGGAAGAAUUUAUUGAUGUUGAUUCGAGUGUUGUUGAAGACAAGUCAAAGUUGCGUGUCAUUUCAAAGGUGUGCAAUAUGUGAUAGGAUUUGAAUAUUUAGCUAUUGUUGUAGUUGAUUUAUAAAGUCUGUAUGAUUUUCUUUGUUUGAUUGGCUGAAUUAAGGAAGUAACUCCAAUCAGAGACAGUCACAAUGAAAGGGCUGCCAAAUUUCCGAAUGAUUUUUAGAAAAAUAUUUACUCAUUAAAAUAUAAUUAUGUGGUAUUUUGCUCUCUGGCCUCAAUACAUCUCUGUUGUUCACAUUAACUGGGCAGUACCACUUCUAUUGUGUGACAAACGCUAAUUAACUUUGUUUGCUGAUAUAUACAGCCGUCAAGCCAUGUCCCAGCUGUUGAACCCACUAUAUGUGCGAUAUCAACAACCACAGGUAAUCAAAUUUAUUGACACCUUUCAUACCAGACAAAAGCUUGAACAUUUUUCUCUACUGAAGCUGUAAAUAGAUAGGCUUAGAAAAUCUGUUAUUCUUCCGCCACCUUCGACGAUCUGCACACUUCCACAGUUUCAUGAAUUUAGUAAAAUAGAAGAAGGCUUAUCAGGCAUCUGCUAAUGAAACAUAUUAGAUUACAUAUGCCAGUAGAUAAAAUAGUGCCAUUAUAGUAGUAGUGUUUAUUCUUUUAUAUUUAUAGUUUGCUCAGGAAGUCAAUCAACACUUGUCAUAAACAAUGGCAAGAUAGGGAUUGGCCCCAAAGUAAAGGUCAGUGAUCCUUGUGAGUGUAUUUUGUUCAAUGGUAGUCUGGUUCAGUAAUUUUAUGGUUAAUGAAGGAAAUAAUGCCCAUGCCUGUCUGCAGCAAGUAAUUACUAAUAAUGGCAUUCCAUUGUUAUAAAUUCAGCACUUUGAGUUUACUGAAUCAUGGUGAACGUAACAAGGAAAAGCCAAAUAGAUAGUUCUUUUUGUUUGUGUCAAAGGUUUAAAAAAAUACGAUAGAAAAGACAAGGUGUUAACGAUUUCAGUAAAUGAAAAACUGUACCUUCCUGCUUGACCAAAAGGGGUAUCCUGUAUGAGAAAGCGGAUCUGAAAAAUUUGAGGAAGUAGAACCAGUUGUUUUUUCUUGAAGACCGUUUCUAUACACAGGCAUCUAAAGACUUGAUAAGCGCCCCACGGAAAGAAAAGAAGUGUAAGUGGUACAAAAAAAGGCAAACCAAAGCACUUUUCGAUUCAGGAAAGGAACCAACAAAGUGAAUCAGUCAGGCCCCUGUGUUCAUUGUUUAAGGCUUUAUCAACUUAUGGAAAAGCCCCGGUGUGAUAGCAACACAUGCCAAAAGAAAACUCUCCAAAUGAACUAAAGAAAGAUCGAGAAGAUUUGAAUUUGACAUCAAAGAGCAUGUCAAGAAAAGUGUAACGCAUUAAAGCUGCCGAGUCAGAUGCAGAGAGGAAAGGAUUACAGAGUUUUCACGGUUUUGAAGAUAUACAGAGAAGAAAGGAAAGAGUAGAAAAUGCAGAGUAGGUAAACCAAUCAUUCGGAAUCAGUGAUGAUAGUGAUGAUGAUGAAGAAAGUGAAACUGGAGAAUGAGGAGGAAGACAUCAUUUCAAUGGCACGACUUUUCAGUGGUUUACAAAAAAAUAUCAGGAUCAUUCAUAUCAUCAAUCUUAAUGAAAUCUAAUUCGGUUAGAACUGAAAAGCAGAAAGUAUUCCAUUCCACUCACUCCCUGGGACACAUUUAAAAUACGAUAGAAAAACGAUAGAAAAAUGUACUAUACGGAUCUGAAUUUCCUUGUUUUUUCCGUUUCUAUACUAUUGGCGCCCACGCAUUCGAUUCGUCACUUGUUCAUUGUUUAAUAUCAACUUAUGAAUCAAUUUUAAAAAAUAGCCUUUACAUCCAGCCGCGUCUUGAUGACCUGAAAGUUUUCCUUCAAUAGCUGAACUAAAGAAAGAUCGAGAUUUACCACGCAGCUGCUUCAGAGUUUUCACGCAGGUAGGUAAACCAACGGAAUCGGCAUCAUUUCAGUUUCUUUACAAAAAUAUCAUCAUUCAUAUCAUCAAUCUUAAUGAAAUCUAAUUCGGUUAGAACUGAAAAGAAAGUAUUCUGAAACCUGUUGAAUUUUCUAGUACUUGAUUUUCGCUAAAUUUCCAGCUGUUUUCAUCGGCACUCUACAAAUAAACAAGCGAAAAGAAAUCACAAAAAUUAAAUAAAAUGCAGAACUGCGAAACACAUGCCUCUCAAAGUCCCGCUCAAAGUAGGGAACGGGUCAGACGGUACUGACUGACACCAUCUGCUAGAUGCCAAUAUUCCUAAUACCUCAUGAGAUACUUUUCAGAUUUGCUUCAGUUUACUUGUUAUCUAUAUUUUACACAAUAUACACACUUACUAAAUUAAUCAGCUAAAGCAAUAUGCAUAAACCAACAUCAGCUUUUUGCGGCUGAAAGUGAGUGAGAAAGCUUUUAAAAUUCUGAAACACUUCACUGAACAUUCUCCCUUGAGUUGAGUUCGGUUGUAGAAAAUUUGUUACCGCCCAGUAACUGAAUUUACAGGGUUUUUUAUGUACCAACGAAUCGGAAAAUAUCGUUCUCAUAAGAAUUAGCAAAGGAAGUUUUAAAUGUUAAAACUUGGCUGUUUACGGCUGUAAUUACUAGUUAGUUCAUUUCCGGAAGUAAGUAUGGGAAUUCUUAGAAUGUUGUUUUGUACUUCCGCUCUGCUGUACAGUAUGAUAGAUAUACACUUAGAAGUAUAACGCCACACCAAAACAGGAGCCUAUACCUAAAGCUGUAUAUAGAUAAGAUAAAUUCAUAAGUUUUAUUGUCUUUUAUUUGUUCGCUUGCAGUUUGAUGUGCGCUGUAAAGGAGGAUGCCUUGAGAUUUGAAUAUCACUUCCGGUAAAACGCACUUUGCUUUUAGGGUCAUUCCCGUUUUUGCGUAACAUUCAUGUAAAUUUGAGAAGAGGGCCAUGGAUGGUGAUAUAAGUUUCUACACAAGCUCGUAGUCUAGUAUGACAAAUGUCUAAGUGUUAUUUAACCACAACAUUAGUUGAUCCAGCUAACAAGAGCUUGAAAUUUAAAGUUAAAGUUGUCAGUUGUAAGGUUCAUCGGAGAAGGCCCCAAAUCAACGUUGACAAAUCAGCGGCGAUCAGAAAAGUUGAAGCAGUAAAGAAAAUAAAAGGGACAGAAACUCUCCACCAAGGAAUUUCUACUCAUGAGGAGGCAGGAUGCUCAGAGGAAAAACCGAGAUGUCAUUUAGUUAAAGCAGAAGCGGACAUUAAACCAAAGAGAAUCACCGCUUCAAGUGGAAGACCUUCGCACUGUCUCGGGUUAGAAGUGAAGCAAGACGACCGUAUUCGUGGACGAAAUCUAAAACCUGGAAGAACUGUACCGGCUCCUGCAGUUCGUAAACCAAGGAAUCCGGUUAGCGAGAGACACGUUGGUCAGUGCUCUGCAAAGAGGUAAAGCUAAGCCAUUGAACAAAGACUCAUCGAGUUAUUAUUAUUUUGUGUCGUCCUGAUGACCACUUAACGGUCUUAUUUGAUAAAAAUCGAAGAACCAUGCCAGUGCACCAAAUAAAAUGGUCGUCUUUUCUUUUUAAUAGUACUGACAAGGAGAAAGAGAAUCCUUUACACGGAUACUUUCUGUUGUAACUGUCUUUUUUUUCUAGGCGGGUUUACCUCUUCUAUCCCGUACAAAGCUGUUUUUAUCAUUUGAAUUUAUCUGGGAGAGAAUCGCCCUUGAAAUUAUUUUUCUCGAGGGUUUGGUCUAAAAAUAACCGCCUUAGGGGGCGAGGCGGGGUAUCCCCCGGGCCACUCUAUGCUCGUGUAUCAAACGGUUAGUUAGUUAGGCGACCGCUUAUAUGAGUUGUAAAAAUUUCGGACGAUUUUUAUAUAAUUGUGUACGAAAAUAGUGCCAGAAAAUAUAAUAGACGGUAUGUUUUAACCUGAUAUGGUACCUAUACUACUGCUUUCUUUAUGGACAGAAAUGGACCUCAAAAAUUACCUCAGACGUGCUCAAAGCAAAAAAGUCCUGAAAGACGACGUCGUCCCCCAAUUGCCGGUGACCCAAAACCUGUGAUAAAAGAAACAGGGGCAGCAGCUGCUUCGAGGAGACGACCUACAGGCCGGCCGGGGUUUCAAGCCCCGAAAGAAUAUAUUCGUGCAAGAGAGGGUGUUGCGAAUCGAAUCCCAGGGAAACAGGCUGCACCGGGUUCAGUUCCAGCUUUUAAACCAAGCCAUCGGGCUACCAAGAGUCAUGUUCGCCAGUGUUCCGCCAAGAGGUGA